AUGUGCAGGUCCACAAAGUCAAUUGGAAAUGCCUUCAAUUUUAACGUUCGUUCUCAAGAUAUUGCUCUCAAACUUUGCAAUGCCUACGUGGAGAAUCAUGCUAUCAAAGUAUUCAUGAGAGAAGCAUUGGAAGUGAUCACUUCCAGAAGAACACAAAAACCUUGGACAAGUUUUAGAACGACUUGCGCUGUUGCUUGUCUUUACUUGGAUUCAACAUACGGAUUUUUCUUGCGACAUGGAUUAAUUUCUGGUGAGCAGUAUGGUCAAUUGGAUGAAAUGAUGAAUUCAAUUUGUGAAUCGUUGACACCUCUCAUUCCAAUGCUGAUCAAGAGUUUUAACUUUCCAGAGGAUAUCCUUACCAAUGUGCCAAUGGGUCCAAAACUUGUAGAAAUGAUGGCCUACGAUAAGAUCUAUGAGUAA